GUAAACUCUUCUCUUCCCAUUUAACCAUCUAAGAGAAAUAUCUUGAAGCAUACCUAUUUUACCAAAGGCUAGCUUGGAGCUAUAUAUUCUCCUCAUCUCAAAUCCAAAGCUAAUUAAGAUCUUUCUAUGGGUGGCCUCUCUCUUCAGCACCCGUGGGCCUUUGCCUUUGGCCUCCUAGGCAAUGUCAUCUCCUUCAUGACAUACCUGGCCCCACUGCCGACUUUCUAUCGGAUCUACAAGAACAAGUCGACCCAAGGCUUCCAGUCGGUCCCUUACGUUGUGGCGCUCUUCAGCGCGAUGUUGUGGAUCUACUACGCGCUGCUCAAGUCCGACGAGUGCCUCCUCAUCACCAUCAAUUCCGCCGGCUGCUUCAUUGAGACCAUCUACAUAGUCGUCUACCUCACCUACGCGCCCAAACAGGCCAAGCUAUUCACUGCCAAGAUCCUGCUGCUGCUGAAUGUGGGCGUGUUCGGCCUCAUCCUCCUCCUCACGCUGCUCUUAUCGGAGGGCGAGAAGCGCGUCGUCAUGCUUGGCUGGUUCUGCGUCGGCUUCUCUGUCACUGUCUUCGUCGCACCCCUCAGCGUCAUCCGUCUUGUGGUGCGCACACAGAGCGUGGAGUUCAUGCCUUUCUCACUCUCCCUCUCCCUCACCCUUAGCGCUGUUGUCUGGUUCCUCUACGGCCUGCUCAUCAAGGACAAAUACGUCGCACUGCCCAACAUUCUUGGGUUCGCCUUCGGUGUGAUCCAGAUGGUGCUCUACGCCAUCUACCGCAACGCCACGUCCAGACCAGCGACCAAGGAGGUUGACGUCCGCGUCUCAGACAACCACGUCGUCAACAUCACCAAGCAUGGCGCUGUCGAGCUCAGUACAAAGUACCCCGUCGAGCCACCACAGCCGGCCAUGAAGGAGGGCAUCAAUCACAAGGCAACCCACGCCGAGCAAGUCUAGGGCGAUGCCUUCAUUACACCCAAAGCUAAGCCAUGAAAGCGAUCCAGCAAGAAGAGAGACAAAAUGCAUUGAUUCCUAGCUCGUCGCAAGGCUUUCGUAUUAACUAGCGUAUCCAUCCAUCACUUGUAUGUAAUGGCUUUGUAUAUUGUAAUGAAACUUGUCAUUUUCCCGUAACGUGAAUUGGCAUGAUUGGAAGCGUAGUACGAAAUGGUUAA